GGCUCUGAGGUGCCAGCCGCGUCGCCUGACCCAAGUUCACAGGGCUCCAGCGGCGCCCCCUACCCUGCCCUGGGCCCUACGGUCUCUCCAGGGCCGCUCCGUUUUCUCCUCUGGAAAAUGAGACCCGCCAGCCCCUACCUUGCCAAGCCGUGGCGAAGUGGUGACGGUGGGGAGGAGAACUAAAACUGCCACCGCUGACCUCGACCUCGGGCGCUGCCCCGGCACUGCAGCCCACCUGGUCUUUAGGCAGCCUUAGCAGGGAAGCCUGAGGUCCCUUUGGCAGGCCCUGCAGGAGGGCAGGACUGGUCCACGCAGUGACAGAGGAACUCCAGGUUGACCGCCUCGAGGGCGAGGACCCUAGACAGCUCCCAAGAUGGGUGAAAGGAAAGGUGUCAACAAGUACUACCCUCCGGACUUCAACCCCGAGAAGCAUGGCUCCCUCAAUCGAUACCACAACAGCCACCCGCUUCGGGAGCGGGCCCGGAAGCUGUCCCAAGGCAUCCUCGUCAUCCGAUUCGAGAUGCCGUAUAACAUAUGGUGCGACGGCUGCAAGAACCACAUCGGCAUGGGUGUGCGGUACAAUGCAGAGAAAAAGAAAGUGGGCAACUACUACACGACCCCCAUCUACAGGUUCCGGAUGAAAUGCCACCUGUGCGUCAACUACAUCGAGAUGCAGACAGACCCCGCCAACUGUGACUAUGUGAUCGUGAGCGGCGCCCAGCGCAAGGAGGAACGCUGGGACAUGGCAGACAACGAGCAGGUGCUGACCACAGAGCACGAGAAGAAGCAGAGGCUGGAGGCAGACGCCAUGUUCCGCCUGGAGCACGGGGAGGCGGACCGCAGCACGCUCAAGAAGGCUCUGCCCACGCUGAGCCACAUCCAGGAGGCCCAGAGCGCCUGGAAGGACGACUUCGCCCUCAACAGCAUGCUGCGGCGGAGGUUCCGGGAAAAGAAAAAAGCCAUCCAGGAGGAGGAGGAGAGGGACCAGGCCCUGCAGGCCAAGGCCAGCCUGGCCAUCCCCCUGGUGCCCGAGUCGGAGGACGACCGCAGGCUGGCCUCCCUGCUCAGGUUCCACACCCUGGACUCCUACGAGGACAAGCAGAAACUCAAGCGCACGGAGAUCAUCAGCCGCUCCUGGUUCCCCUCCGCCCCGGGCCCCGGCAGCGCCAGCAGCAAGGCCAGCAGCGUCCUGAGGAAGCUGGCCCAGGGCCGCAGGUGCGCACCCAGCAGCUGCCCCAUCACCGUGGAGGACCUGGGCAUCGUGCGGCGGCCUCGAGACGUCCCUGGGAGCCCCCAGCCCACGGCCGAGAAGGCCAAGUCCAGGGAGCCGCAGGCACCUCAGGGGACCACCCAGGACAGACCCGCGUCCUCCCAGGACGGCUCUGAGGAGACAGCGAACCCCAAGACCUGCGGACAGCCGGGGCAGGAGGGGAAGGGUCAGGACAAGUCCCGGCCCCCAUCAGGCUCCUCCCUGGAGGCACCCGACCCUCCAGGCACACUGCAGCCCGGCAGCCUGAGCUCCUCUCUGGUGGCCGACUACUCUGACUCCGAGAGUGAGUGACGUGGACUGGACCCCUCCGGGGCCAUUAGAGCACCCGAGGCCCUGGCCCACACCCCGAGCGCCCCUCGCCGCCCCUCCCCCUUGCCCUCCUCAGCGAUGGAUUGCUAUUUAUUUGGUCCUGGUGAGGGCCUCGUGCCUUGUGGGACCCGCAUCCCCACAUUAAAGCCCUGUUCUCUGCCCGGCCUUGGGUCGCUGGACAGGCCCAGGGGCUGUCCGUCCUGCUCUGUCCAUCUGGCUCCCCGGUGGUGAGGGUUUCCAGGUGGUGGCACAGAUGGGCUGGGGUCAGGCACCUUCCUGGAAAAGGCAGCACCAGCUGAGGGUGGAGGGUGGAGAGGGGUCCAAGCAGAGGAACCGACAAGAUGGCCAGAGAUGGGGCCCAGGCGCCCGGAUCCAGAGCAGGUGCGGGAGGGGCUGUUGGUCACCAUCCUCCAGCACAGGGACACACGGAAGGGUCUUGAGGAAGGCCCCAGGGGUUCUCUGAAGGAAAGGGGGCAGAAGGUGGCCCAGAAAAUGACAUCUACAAAGGGCAUGUGGCCCGCCACCUCCCCUCAACCUGCAGAAAGACCAUCUUAUAAACACUGAUUGAGCACCUAA